AUGAAUGUAUUUCCUUCAAGGAAUCUUUUUUCAAACCCUAGUUCACCUUAAACUUUGGAACCUAAUCCUUGUAAGAAGUUAUUUGUUAAUCCUCCAUUUACCCCUGAGUUUGGUAAUUAAAUUAAAUAACCAAUAAAACUAUAAGUAACAGAGGGGAUAAGAAUUAACUAAAAAAAUUAAUUAGCAAUGAAAAUCUAAUAAUAGAAAUCAUUAACAUAUUAAUUGAAUUAAAUAAGUUCACCCAGUACUCCAAAACAUAAGGAGAAAAAAUUACAACAAUCAACUGGAGAAAAAAGUAAAGAAAUCCAAUAAAAUAAGAUGAAUAAGAAGAAGGUAAUUAGAAAUUUGAAUAAAUAAUUUGAAGGAGAAUUAGAGGUUCCAAAAAGUAGAUAUUAAGAAGAAUAUAUAUAAGUUGAUAUUUUAGGUAGUGGUUAUUUUGGAUAAGUCUAUAAAUGUAAAAAUAGAUUUACAAAUUAAAUUUGUGCAAUAAAAUGUACAAAAAUAAACAACAAUAAAUUAAAUAUUGAUUUAGCAAAUGAAUCUCAAGCUUUAGCAUAUUUAAAUGCAAAAGGAGCAUGUAAAAAUUUAGUUAGAUAUUUUACUUCAUGGUAAGAAGGAAAUAUGUUAUAUUUAUUAAUGGAAUAUUGUGAUUAUAGUGUAAGUUCUAGAUAAGAUUAUGAGGAAUUUGAAAUAAAGAAAAUACUUAAAGAUAUAACUAAUGGAUUGAUAUUUUUGCAUGAAUAAUAAAUAUCACAUCUUGAUAUAAAACCAGAGAAUAUUUUAUAUAGUAAGAAAGAUGGUUAAUAUAAAUUGGCAGAUUUGGGUUUGUCAAAGAAAAUAUAAAAACGUUAAGAAGAUGUAAAUGUUGGUGAUUUUAGAUAUAUAGCAAAAGAAUUACUUAAUUAAACAGAGAAAUUAGAUCUCUGUAAAACAGAUAUAUUCUCAUUAGGUGCAACUCUUUAUUAAUUGAUGACAAGAAAGUAAUUACCAUCAAAUGGAGAGGAAUGGCGACGUAUUAGAGAAGGUAUUCAAAUAAAUGAUUUUCCUGAAAAUAUGUAUUCAUUAAGAUUAAGGAAAUUAAUAUGUAGAAUGAUGGAUCCUAAUCCUUAUUAAAGAAUUAGUGCAAAAGAAAUAUUGGAAGAUGAAUAUAUAUAUGUUAAAAAAGAAAAUUAUAUUAAAUGGGAAAAAAUACGUGGUUUAAUGUUAAGAAGACAAUUAGAUGAAUUUUUAAUUAAAUAAAGAGAACACAGUAUUUGA